GGAGAGAAAUCGGUCAGUCCUGACUUGUUUUGCCAACGCUGAAGGAAUAAAGAAGAACAGAGAGAUGAAGACCAUAGUCCUCCUCUUCCUCGCCUCCCUGGCGGCCGUCUGUCUGUCCUCAGGAAUUGACGAGCAAGUGCUGCUGGGACCGGCGCAUGAGGAGGCAGGAGUGUUUGUUGAGCGAGAGGAGGCGGACACGCUGGUUCGACCCAAGAGGGCUGCUACAGAACUGACCCUGACUCAGCUGGAGAGUCUGAUGGAGGUGUGUGAGGUGGACGUGGCUUGUGAAAGCAUGAUGGACACCGCUGGAAUCAUCGCUGCCUAUACCGCUCACUACGGACCAAUCCCCUUCUAGAUCCCGCCCACAGCUGGCCAAACCCACACUAGACCACGCCCACCAGGCCUGCCACCUCUCCAAGACCCGCCCAUUAUAUUCAAGGCUUUAUUGAAAGUAAAAAAUGAAACAAUUGUAGAUGAAUUUGUCUGUAUUGUUUUCAACCAAAUAAACACUUUUAACCUAUCAAAAGUCAA